GCGCAGCCUCUUCCCUGUCUGUUGACAAGUGUGACCAAGACAGCCCUGUCCCGCUGAAGAUUGUGACGAAAUGUAACUUUUCUGGACUUUUCUCGACACGGCGGCGACUCGGGCGGGUUCUCCAUGAACUUGUGACUGAGGCCUCUAACUAACCAUGCUGAAAUGGUUGUCCGGGGAAGAGGGAGAGUCUGGCCCUGCGGGCCCAGGCUCCCCUCGCAGCGCUGCAGAACCGCCGGAGGUUCCUGUGGAGGAGAUGGCAGAGCGGCUGGGCCAAACGGAGCAGCUCGUCGCUCAGCUGAAGGACAUGAUCCGGGAGAAAGAUGCAGCCCUUCGCUCCAAAGAUGACCAGCUCAAGGUGGAGAAGGAGGCCUGCGAGGCCAAACUGUCCAAGCUCCGCCUCCAGAACAAAGCCAAGGUGACGUCUCUGACAUCACAGCUGGAGGAGCUGAAGAGACGACAAGGAGAGCCCGGCACGCUGACUCACAGCAAGAAGGGUUCCUCAGAGGGAGGAGGAGAGCAGGCCAGUCGGGGGAAGAUCGUCUUGCUGAAGAAGAAACUUGAAGAACUGGAGCAGCAGCUCGCCCUGAAGGACGGAGAACUGGAAAACAAGAGAAAGGAGUUGGAGUUGCAGCGACAGCGCGGCGAGGAAAUGGACGCCAUGCUGACAGAGAAGGACAAGAGGCUGGCAGAAAAAGAGGCCUACAUCAUCCACCUGCAAACAGGACUCGCAGGAGAUCCUCCCAUCACGGCUGCACCGCCUCAGCCCCUGGAGGUCGGCGGGGAGAUGCAGGAGCUGCAGCGGCUGGUGCAGAGCCUCACCAGGAAGGUGGAGGAAGCGGAGGAGCGCUACAGCCUGCUGCUGGAGCAGACGGACAGCCUCAAAGGUCUGCUGGCCUCCGAGAAGGAGCAGUACAGUCAGAAGGAGAGCAUGUAUCAGCAGAAUAUCCAGACGUUCAAAGACAUCAUCAUUCAGAAAGACAAUCAGCUGAUGGAGGUCAACCAGAUGCACGAACAGGAGCUCUUCAGGCUCGCAGCAAAGUCGGACGCCAGCGCAGACCUGGAGCAGCUGCUGAAAGCUCUAAAGCAGAAGCUGCACGAGAAGGAGGAGGUGCUUCUGGGAAAAACGCAGGUCAUCGACGUCCUGCAGGGUGAGGUGGACGGCAGGGACCAGCAGAUCAAGGAGCUCACAGAGCGACUCCAUCGGCUGCAAGUAGAGCGCGAGAGCCUGGGAUCCAAGAUGGAGGCGGAGAAGCACGUGAUGCGAGCGCAGCUCCGCGACCUGAUGGAGAAGCACCAGGCGGAGGUGCAGCGCCUCAGCGAGCAGCACCAGAGCCAGAUGGACCGAGUCCAGCAGGACCUGCUGGGGCAGCUGGAGGCGCUCAGGAACGCCCCGCCAGCUGCAGCGCCGCCAUCGCCGCCACGCGUCAGCGAGGAGGCGCCGGGAGUCGGAAACCCGGCCUCAGUCCAGAGGAUGGCGGAGCUGGAAGCUCAAGCCAAACAAAAAACGGAGGAGGCCAGCAGGUCAGAGGCCAAGUUCCUGAAGAUCAAAGCUUGGUCCAAGUCUCGGAUCAGGCAGCUGGAGGAGGAGCUGAAGAAAAGCCAGGCUGGAGGCGCUCCCCCAGACCUGGUGGCUCUCCGGGGGCGAAUCACAGCGCUGGAAGAGGAGAGGGAGGAGAACCAGUGGAAGCUGGAGCACUACGAGGAGCUGAGAGCAAAGAGCGAAAUGCUGGAGGCCAAGCUGGUUCUGUACGAGGAGCAGCAGACGACGCUGCAGGCCGAGCUGGAGCAGUUCACCAAGAGGGCGGCCUCCCAGGCCAGCGAAUCCGGCAGCGCCGACGAAACCCAGAGCCAGGUGCUGGAGUGGCAGGAGAUGGUGGCGGAGGCGGUCAGCGCCAGGGACCGAGCCAGGGAGGAGAAGGCUGCCAUGAGCCUCCGGAUCAGCCACAUGGAGGAGGAGAGAGAGGAACUGAUUGAGGAUGACUGGUUCUUUCCUGGCUGCUCCGAUCCAGCACUGGCCACUCGGCAGCAGGAGUUGGAGGAGGAGCUGGCUCAGGCUCGGGGGCUCGGCCGACACGGGGCCAAGAAGCUGGCAGCUCCGGCCCAUCGCAGCCUGCAGGAGGAUUUUGAGUUUGACGGACAGGCCUCCUUCCAGGACCCCCGGAGCCCCUCAGACAGCACCGCCCCGAUGGAGGGAGAGAACAUGGGAGGUUGGUGGCCCGAGUACAGUACCCCCGACCCAGACGGCCUGCGCUCGGUGGUGGAGGAGCUGGAGCUGGAGAGGAACCAGCUGCAGGAGCAGAUCCUCAGCCUGGAGGAGCGCUGCCAGGACCUGGAGGACCGGCUGCAGCUGCAGGCCCGGAUCGAGGCGCUGCAGGUGACGUUUGAUGUAGGUGAAGAAGAGCGGCCAUGUUGGUUCUCCCAGAACGAGACGGAGAGGCUGCAGAACCAGCUGGCCAGCGUGAGAAGCCAGCAGAGCAGAGAUGCUGAGAAGCACCAGCUGCUGGUUAACAGCCUCAACGAGCAGCUCAAAGGGCUGACGGACACCCAGGAGAGCCUGGAGAGCUCCCUCAUCGAGAAGGAGACCACGCUGGCCAAGACGUCUGAGAAGCUGGAGCUGAUCGACAGCCUGAGAGAAACGCUGAGUCAGCAGGAGGUCCAGGUCAAAGAGCUGUCCGACAAGCUCCUCCAGACCGAGCACAGCCUGGAAGACGUGACCAGGAGAUGCAGCAGCGCAGAGAAGCAGUGCUCGGAGCUGAAAAGUGAAGCUGCAGACCUGCUGCAGAAGCAGAGCGUGCUGAAGGAGAAGGCACAAAAGCAGGAGGUCACCAUAGAACGGCUCCAGGCAGAGCUGGACCAGAGCAGCGAGGAGCUGGACAAGCUGAACAGCGCUCACCUGGAGGAGCGGGCGCAGCUCAUCCACGACCUGCAGAGCUGCGAGCGGGAAAUCGACAGUCUGAAGGACGUCCUGCUGGAGAAGGACAGAGAGAUGGCCAGCCUGGCCGGCAACAUGGCGGAGUACGCCGAGCAGGUCGGCGCCUUGAAGCAGGAGGUCAAACUGAAGGAGGAGAGCCUGAUCCAGGUGGAGGAGGCUCUGAGGAAGGCUGAGCGGGAGGCUGCCGUCAUCAGAGACUCCCAGAGCUCCGAUCAGCAAACCCUCAACGGCAAAAUCACCGAGCUGGUCGGCGCUCUGAGGGACGCCGAGACGGAGCUGCAGAGAACCAAAGAGGAGCGAGAGGCUAAAGCCGGCGAGGUGGAGCACCUGCUGAAGCAGGCUGAAGGCGACAAGAAGACCAUGCAGGAGCUCCGGGGGGAGAUCCAGAAACACGCCGCCAGUCAGAGGAACCAUCUCUCUGAAUGUGAAACGCUCAUCUCCUCCCUGAAGGACCAGCUGACGCGUUCAGCCCAGAAGCUCCAGGAGUCGGAAGCAAAGGUCCUGCAGCUUCAGGACGAAAGCAAGAGCAGCGAAAAGCUGCGGCAGGAGCUGAAGGAUCAGGGAGAGGAGCAUGAGACGCAGCUCAAAUCCUUCAAAGAAGAGCAGAACAAGCUUCUGGCUCAGGUUCAGGGAUUGGCCAGAAAAUUAGAGGAGCAAACGCAGAGCGAGGCGCAGAUCAAACAGGGGAUGCAGGAGAAACUGGAAGCCAUAAGAUCUCUGGAGGAUCAGGUGCAGACGGCGGAUCGGCGGGUCAGAGACGAGAGGCAGACGUUUGCCUCGGAGAAGGAGCGGCUGAGCAAGGAGCUGAAGAACCAGUCGGAGAGCGUCUCCAAACUGGAGCAGCUCCUGAAGAGCACAGAAACCCAAAAACGAGAGCUGGAGGUGCGACUUGAAGGGCUGGAGCUUCAGGAACGGCAGCUGGACGAGCUCCGUGAGCGGCUGGCGUCUGCCCUUCAGCUCGAUGGCAGCCUGGAGGAGCAAGUUCAGCUCCUGCAGGAGCAGCGAGACGGACUCCUGCAGCAGGUGACCGAACAGACGAGGAGCGUCUCAGAGGUCGCAGCCCAGCGGGACGCCCUUCAGGCCAAAGUAUCCGCGCUGGAGACGCAGCUGUCUGAGAGCAGCAGCGUCAUUCAGGGGCUACAGAGAGAAAAGGAGGAUUUAAACCAAGUCAUGGAGCAAAGCACGCACUCCAGCUCAGAGCUGCUGCUGGCAAAGACCAACGAAUGCAGCCGUCUGCUGCAGACGCUCAGGGAAAGGGAGGAGGAGGUGGAGGAGAGGCAGCGCGCCGCCGCUGACCUCCAGGCCAAGCUGGAAGAGACGCUGUCUCUGCUUCGACAGCAGGAAUCCAGCUUGAAGUCGGCCGUGACGGAGAGGGACACGCUGCUGCAGCAGAAGGAGGAGGAAGGCUGCAAACUACGGAGGGACAUCCAGAUCCAGAGAGAGGACGAGUCCCGGUUGAGGGCCGAAGCCCAAUCCCUGGAGGAGGAGCUUUCUGAGCUGAGGCGGCAGCUCAGCGGGCAGCGGGAGACGUGUCGGACCCACAAGGACGAGCUGGAGGAGAGGAACCAGGCCGUCAAGGCCCUGCAGGACCAAAUCAGCGUCUGUGGAGAGAACGCCAGGAGGCUGGAGUCCGAGGCGGAGACGAGGAAAGCCGAGCUGGAUCGUUUAAAUUCCCGCCUCCAGGCGCUCGGCGAGGAGAAGCAGGAGCUCCGCGUCGCCUGUGAAUCCAAAGAGAAGGAGCUCUCUGAGCUGACCGAGCAGCUGAAGGGGUCCGCUGAGCUGAACGCCGAGCUGCGCUCUCAGGUCGCCGGUCUGACGGAGGAGAACCGGCGACUACAGGAGGAGCUAGGAGAAAACGUCAGACGUGUCUCUGAGCUGACGGCCGAGAGAAACUCUCUGCAGGAAAAAGCCUCCAGCCUGGAGCGGCAGGUCUCCGAGCGUCAGAGGACAAUCGGCGCCCUGACCGAGGAGAACCAGGAGCUGAAGAAGGUCCUGGAGCAGAGCGAGCGGUCCAUCUCCGCGGGUCUGCUGGAGAAGACGGACCAAUGUGCCCGUCUGGCCAAAACGCUGCAGGAGAAGGAGGAGCAGCUCCGGAGCUUACAGGAGACGACGUCUGAGCAGAGAGCCCAGCUGGAGGCCCGGCAGAACCAGCUGCUGCCGCUUCAGGACACCGUCGCCAUGCUCCAGGAGCAGGGCUCGGUUCUGAAGUCGGCCCUGGUGGAGAAGGACUCGGCGCUGACCCAGAAGGCAGAGGAGUGCGCCGUUCACCAAGAGGAGCUUCUGAAGCUGCGGGAAGAAGCCGAGUCGCUCAGGAGGGAGACGUCCGAGGUCCGGCAGCAGCUGGAGCAGAGGGAGCGGGCGGCGCAGGAGCUCAGCGCCGACUCGCUGGCCCAGAGAGACGAGCUGCAGAGACGGAGCGCUCAGCUGGGCGCCGCCAACGAGAGCGCCGCGCGGAUGGAGGCUGAGAUCCGGAGUCUGAAGGCGUCGGUGCAGAAAGCGUCGGCGGAGGCCACCGACCUGAGGGACGGCGUGCGGGCCCUCGGCGAGCAGAACGCCCGGCUGCAGUCCGAGCUCCAGGACACGGCGAGCGAGCUGACCGCGUCCCGGCAGCUGGUCGGCAGCCUGAGAGCCGAGCUCAGCGAGGUCCGCUCAGCCGCCCGGGAGAAGCAGGAGAACCUGGAGGCCGCCGCCCAGCAGCUGAAGCAGAGCAGAGAUCACAACGUCGCUUUGCAGCAGCGGCUGUCGGAGCUGGAAGAGACGGCCUCCAGACUCAGAAGUCAGGUGGAGAAUCUGACCUCGGAGAACGAGGAGCAUCAGAGCCGCUCUGCCGCCGCCGCGCAGGACCUCGGCUCCCGUCUGCAAGCCAAACAGGCCGAGUGCAAGAGCCUCAAGGAGAGGGUCUCCCACCUGGAGGAGUCCGUCUCCAAGCUCAGCAGCUCCGCGCAGGUCCAGGCCUCUGAGGCGGAGCGCCUCAGGACGGCGUUGGAGGAGAAAGAAGCCGCGCUUCUGGAGCGAGCCAAGGCCGCGGAGGAAGCCCAGAGGAGAGCGGACGAGGCUUCGCUCUUCAGGGCUCAGUUCGCGGAGAGCGCGGAGACGGCGUCGCAGCUGCAGAGUCGCGUUCAGGUGCUGUCCGCCGAGUCCGAAGUCCUGAGGAGGUCUGCAGAGGAGACGCGCUCCGCCUUCGACAACCUGCAGGAGAAGUAUGCUGGGAACCUGGAGGAGCUGCAGGCUGUGAGAAAGCUCCUCUCUGAGCGGACAGAGGAGGCGGCGCACCUUCGGGCUUCCAGCCAGGAGCAGGAGGCGGCACGGAGCGCCGCGGACGCUCUGAGGAAGGAGGCGCUGGUGAUGCGGGAGCGACUGGACAGAAGUGAGGCCCUGAACUCCAGCCUCUCCAGGGAGAAGGACGAAGCCUUGGCGUCCCGUCAGGCGAGCGUGACCCAGCUGACCGUUGAGAUACAGCGACUGAAGUCCCAACACGUUCAGGUAGCGGAGCAGAUGAGCGCGCUGAGCGAGAACCUGGAGCAGAGGGAGAUGGCUCUCCACGCCAUCAACAACCAGUGCGGCGCCCAGGCCAAGCAGGCGGCGCAGCUGCUCUCCCAGAUCCAGAGCCUGGAGGAGGCGCUGCGCCUGUCCCAGGAGGAGCUCCGCAGGCUGCAGGGAGAGGCCGGAGGAGUCCGGGCAGAGAAGGAGGCGCUGGAGCAGAGCCGCCGCCAGGAGCUGCAGGAAAUGACGGCGGAGAAGCGGAGCCUGCAAGCCGAGGUUAGUGCCAGAGACGAAGAGCUGUGUGGGUUAAAAGAGAACGUGCAAAAGGUAGAGCAGAUUCUGCAGGACUCAGAGAAGGAGUGGCUGUCGCUCCUGGACAGGGAGAAGCAGGACAAGCGUCUGCUGGCAGAGCAGCUGGAAGGCGUCAGAGCUGAGAUGAAAGCUAAAGACGUUAAAGUUAGUGCUUUGAAAGAAGACCUAGACGGUUUGCAGGAGAGGCUGGCAGAGGCUGCGGCUGCCGUCCUGCAGGGUUCCCACCAGCUGAGCGCGAAGGAGUCGGAGGCGUCGGCGUCCCGGCUGCAGCUGGAGGGCGUCUUAGCCUCCAUCCAGGAGAAGGAGGACGAGAACCGGAGCCUCCAGCGGUCCUUAGCGGCCGUGGGAGACGAGCUACGGAAGAUUGUCGCGAGAAAUGACACCGAAAGGGAUCCAUUGGAUGGAUCUGCUGCGGUAAAUGAAGCAAAGUCCUCUCUGCAAGACCUAAUAAAGCAGGUACAGGAGAGCCAUCAAGCUGAGAUCGACGCUUUGAAAAGGGAGCUGGCUGAAGGUUCUGCACGGCUGCAGAGCCAGAGGAGCAACGAGGAGAAGGAGCAGGACAGCGUGGCCGGUUUGGAGGCUCGGCUCCACGCAGAGGUGCAGAGAUCCACGUGGCUGCAGGCCGAGCUGAGAGCCAGAGACGAACAGCUGAGCUGCGUGAGCCUCCAGGUCAGCCAGCAGAAGGAGCUGCUCUCCUCCCUCAGCCAGCAGCUGAAGGAGAAAGACGCCUCCAUCGCUCAGCUCAUCCAGGCCGCCUCAAACGAGAGGCUGAAGCUGGUGGAGGAGAACGGCUCCCUGUCGGCGCGGCUGGAGGACCUGGAGCGAGCCCGGCAGGAGGAGCAACGUUCACGCCUCCAGACGGAGAACUCGGAGCGGCUGCGGCUGGCGCAGGAAGCCGAGCAUCUGCAGAAGCAGCUGGCGGCCGCGUGCAAAGAGAAGGAGGCCAUGAAGAAGAAGCUCCAGGCUGCUCUGGUGGUGAGAAAAGAUCUGCUGAGGAGGAUCGACGAGUACGAGAGGCAAAAAGAAGAAGGAGAGAACAAUAAAACGGAUGCUUUGCAGGAAAGGCUGGACGAAAUGAAGCAAACGUACGAAGAAAAGAUCUCUGUUAUUGAGGCGAAGCUGCUCGGACACAGAGCAGGGAGUGAGAGAGCCGUGGAGCAACUGGAGUCCGAAAAGCAAAUGUUGCAGGACUCAUUAAAGGAGAAAGAGGCGUGCUUGAAGGAAGCUUUACAAAAAGUCAGUGAGAAAAACUCUGAAAUCGAGCAGCUUCAGUCCAGAGCGGAGGACUUUGACCGAGACAGAAACCUUCUGACGCAGAAGCUAGAAGAGCUUCAGGAAGAGAUCAAGUCGUGCAAAGACCAAACGAGGGAGGAAUCUUCCUCCGCUGCUGCGGACGUGCAGAAGGAGCUGGAUCAGCUGCGGGCGGAAAAGGCAACGCUUCAGAGAAAGGCCCAGGCUGCACUGCUGGCACGCAAGGAAACCCUGAAGAAAGCUCAAGAAAAGGAGAAGAAACUGUCUGAGCUGACGGACCAGCACCAGGCUCUUCUAGAGCAGCACCGGCUGCAGGCGGACGAGCUGGACCGGGUCCGCCAAACCUCCGUCUCUCAACUAGACGAAGAGAGCUCUUUACGACGGCUCGUCCAGGAGAAGGAGACGUCCCUGCUGGCUCUGCAAACGCAGCUGGAAGCCCUGAAGUCCAGGUGUGAGAGCCUUUCAGCCGAGGUGGCCGACAGAGACCGGGCUUUCUCUCUGAUGGAAGCCAGAGCCGCUGAUUUAACAGCAGCUCUGCAGAGCGACCUGCAGAAAGCCCAGGCCGGCCGACAGGAGAAUCAGGCGCUGUUGGACAAAACCGCCACUUUAGAGGCACGGCUGGAGGAAGAGGAGCGUGCAAACGAGGAAAAACUCGACCUGUUGACGAGAGAAAGGGACGCAGCUUUGGAGCGAAGCAGACAGCUGAGAGCAGAGCUCGAUGAAGCAGUCGCUUUGGUGUCCCAGAAAACCUUCGAGUAUUCAACGAUGCAGAAGACGUUGACCGAGACCGAGCAAGAGAAAGACGCUCUGGCCAGAGAAGCUGAGGAGGCGAGGCUGAACUUGGCUGAAAUCCAGCAGCAGGUGGGUUUGUUGGAGCGAGAAAAAGGGAACGUGGACAGAGCAGAACCGCCCACAGCGAAGCCGCAGAACGUCGACGCGUCUUCCUGCCGCUGUGCGGAGAACUACGAGGCGACACUGAAGGAGAAAGACGACGCAUUGUCGGCGUAUCAGGGUCAGCUUUCAGAAAAAGACCAACUGAUCGCCUCGCUGGAGCUCCAGGUGCUGCAGCGAGUUAAAACGCACGAAGCCGCGGUUGAAAAGAUGAAAACCGAAGCCGAGGGGCUUCAGAGGGCCCAGGAGGACAACGUCAAGAUGAACGACCUGGACAACCAGGCCAAGCUGCUGACCAGGAAACUCCAAGCCGCUUUGCUUUCCAGGAAAGAGCUGAUGAAGGAAAACGCCUCGCUGAAGGAAGAGGCGGAGGAGCUGCGCGCCAGACGGGAGGCGACGGAGGCCGAGCGCUCGGAGCUGAAGGCGACGGCGUCCAGGUUAACGCGGCAGAACGCGGACCUGGAAGGCUCCGCGUCGUCGGCCGCCAAGGAGCGCGACGCGCUGGCCGCCGAGGUGGAGCGCGUCCUCAACGACAACCGCAGCCUGUCGGCGGCCUGCGGCAGCCUGAAGCUCACCAUCGAGAGCAUCACGCAGCAGAAGCAGGCCUUCUCCUGCCAGCUGGAGUCGCUCAAAGACUCCCAGACCGAGGAGCUCUCCAGGUGGAGGUCCAAGCACGCCGAGCUGAAGCAAGAGUACGAGUCUCUGCUGCAGGCCUACGAGAACGUCAGCAGCGAGAUGGACAAGAUGAGGCAGCUGCUGGAGGGAGCCAGGAGAGAGCGGCAGGAGGCGCUGAGGAGGAUACACGAGCAGGAGAGCCAGAGGGAGGUCCUGGAGAGGCGAGCGCAGGAGGCGGAGGAGGAAAAGGAGAGAAUCAAGGAGAGGAUGCUACAGGUCGAGAACCUGGAGGCAGAGAAUCAGAACCUUAGAACGCGGCUCUCUGAGCUUGAUGGGAACCAGGAGGAGGAGGAGGAGGUGCGCCAGCUGGAGGCGCAGGUUUCCCAGCUCCGAGAGAAACUCGCAGAGAUUCAGGCAGAGAACGUCCGACUGGCAGGAAAGCUGGAAGCAGCGAGUCGUUCUCUGGAGGAGCAGGAGCGCCUGGAGUCAAACGAAAACGACAUGCAGGCAAAACUUGACGAAGCGCUCGGUUUAAACGAGUCGCUGACGGCUCAGAUCGAAGCGCAGAAGGCCGAGCUGAGCGCACAGCUGGAGGUAAGCAGCAUGUUGGAAAAGGAGAAGGCCGACCUCUCUGGAAGACUGAAAGCAGCGCAGAGCGACCUGGAGCAGGAGCUGGGCAGGAAGGAGGAGGCCAUCCAGGAGCUGAGAGCCGUCGUGGACAAGCACCGCCAGGAGGCCAUCAGUCUGAGCGAGAAGGUGAGGAUCCUGGAGGACGACAAGUCGCUGCUGCAGGAGGAGCUGGAGAGCACCCAGGAGACUUCGGACAAGGUGAAGAACGAAAACGAGUAUCUGGAAACGGUCAUCCUCAAGAACUCUGAGAGAAUCGACGAGCUGACCGAGACCGUGAAGGUCCUGCAGAGCCGCGGCGACCAGCUGGCCGCUCAGCUGGCGGCGAGCGGGGAGGCGGGCGAGCGGGUCCGCCGAGAAAAGGAGCAGGAGCAGCUCAAGUUGGUCCGCGAGUUCGAGGAGAAGCUCAAGACGGUUCAGAGAGGCAGCGAGGGCUCCAAGAACGUGAAGAGGGAGCUGCAGGAGCUGCUGAAGGAGAAGCACCAGGAGAUAAACCAGCUCCAGCAAAACUGCAUCCGCUACCAAGAGCUGAUCCUAGAUCUGGAGAGCUCCCUGAAGAGCUCGCGGUCCACCUGUGAGCGCUUGGAGACGGAGCUGAAGAAGAACUCGGAGAAGACGUCGGCGUCUGAGGAGAGGAGCGAACGCCUGGAGUCCGAGCUGGUGGGCGCCAGGAAGCUCCUCCGGGAGGCCGAGGAAAAGACCUCCAGUGUCGAGUCUGAGAGGGACCGGCUGGCUCUCCAAGCGUCCCGCAACAAUAAACAGCUGGAGGAGACAAAAGCGUCGCGAGAUGCCGAAGAAACCCGAAGGCGCUCCUUCAUGCACGACCAGCUGCAGCGACAGCUGGAGGAGCUGAGCGGCCUGCGGGAGGAGGAGAGCCGGCGGGUGGAUGAGCUCCUCCAGCAGCUGGACUCUAAAGAUCUGCAGAUCGGCGCUCUGACGAGAGCGGCUGAGAGCAGCGAAGCCAAGCUCUGCGCUCUGACCUCCACGCCGCACGGGGCCGACGCCUCCCGGCUCUGGGACGACUCGUACCAGAAGAGCCUCCGCCAGAAAGACGCCCAGCUGCAGGAGCAAGGCUCGGCCACGGCGAGGCUCCGGGAGGAGCUCCGCGGGAAGGACAAGGAGCUGAGCGAGCUCCGGGUGGCCAAGUUAAGGCUGGAGAGGACGCUGAACGAGUACUCGGUAGCCGCCGCCGCCCACCAGCGUCAGAUGUUCAUCGUCGGCGCGACCAACGCCGAGCUGAGCGAGAGCUCGGAGCUCAUGGCGGCUCAGGUGGAGGAUCUGAGGGGGCGAGUGGAGAACCUGGAGCGGGAGAGGAGGGAUCUGAGCCAACGGCUCGCCGACAGGGAGGAGGAGGUCUCCCGGCUGCAGCCUCGCCUUCAGCAGGUGGAGGCGCUGAACGCUGACUCAGCAGCUCAGCUGCAGCUCCUGCAGACCCAGCGGGACAAAACCCAAGCCGACCUCGAGAAGCAGCUGGGCAUUUCGCUUCAGCUGAGAACGCUCCUUCAGGGCAAAGACGCCGAGAUCUCCUCCCUGCUGUCCUGCAAAGACGGCCAGAUGUCCGGCUAUCUGGAGCAGCUCCAGGCUAACCAUCGCAGCCAGGUGUCGGUUUACGAGGACAGGCUCACGUCUGCGCGGUACCAACGGGACCGCUUGGACAAAGAGGUCGGAGCGCUUCAGGCAAAGCUCAAAAGUCUUGAAUUUCAAGCGAGCAGAUCGGUCCAGGAGAAGCAGCAGAUGGAGGCCAGGACGGAGUCGCUGAAGAACUCGAUGGUCUCCCUGCAGAGCGAACACGAGCGGCUGACGUCCGAAUACAGAGAACUGGAGGCGAAGUCUCGGCUCGGCUCCAAGGACAACGAAGGCGCCUCGUUCGGCGAGGGCGGUGCGAGCAAGGGCUUUAAGCACGAGAUCAGGAAGUUGUUACAUCAGAUGGACGAUCUGAACUCUGAGAACGCCAUGCUCAGGGCUCAGCUGGUGCGCUACAGGGAGGAUCUGAACCAGGUGCUGUCCCUCAAGGACAACCAGGUGAAGGUUCUGCUUCACAAGCAGCAGGAUGUGAUCAAGAGCCUGGAGACCCAGAACGCCGCGGCUGAAAAGCUGCUCAGGGAUUCCCAGCUGGAGCUCCAGGAGAAACGAGAAGAGAGCCGGGCGGUUCUGAUGGAGAAUGCUGAACUUAAGGCGAAGGUCUCCAGGCUGGAAGCGGAGAGAGAGACGACCGAUGAGGGCAGGGUCAUCGCCAGUUUACAGGACGCCGUGGCGGCCAAGGCGUCCGACUGUAACCAGCUCCAGCAGAAGCUCCUCUCCCAGAGAGCGGCGAUGGAUGAGCUCAGGAGCAGAAUGCAGCAGCUGGAGAGUGAGACGGACAGGAAGCUGGCAGAGGCAGAGGAUAAAUAUAACGCUGAGCUGGACGCCAUGGAGCGGGAGGUGGAGCUGAUGAGAACCGAGCGCGAGGCGGCGGACCAACGAGUGGUGGUGCUCGCUAAGGAGUUCCUAGAUCUGGAGCAGCAGCUGGCCGAAGAAAGGUCCCACGGCAAAGACGUGAAGGCUCAGAACGAAUCUCUGGGCGGAGCCAUGGCCGCUCUGCAGAACGACCGCGACCAGCUCAUCGAGGACUUCAAGACGCUCAGGAACAGGUACGACGAAGAACUGCGGCUCAGUCAGGCAGCCUUGAACAAGGUGGAGCGCAGUCUGCAGGACGCGUCCUCAGAGCUGGCCGGAUUCGCUAAAGAGAGAGACGUCCUCCUGCUCAAGCUAAAAGCCGUGGAGAGCAGAGAGGCACACGGGGAGCUGAGCAGGUUGCUGGACGAGCUCUCCAAGGCCUUGUCAGAGAAGGAGCGAGAGCUGAAACGGCUGGCUCUGGAAAACGGCGCCUACAGCAGGCAGAUGUCUGCCUUCUCCAGAUCCAUGGCCAGCCUGCAAAACGACCGCGACAGGCUGAUGGACGAGCUGGCCUGUGCCAGAGGGGUGGCCGGGUCCAGCCAGGGCUCGGGUCCAGGGAGGGUUCUGACCCCUGACACGGAAAAAGAAAAGGCCUUGGAGGAUGAGAAUGAUGGGCUGGUGAAGAAUAUGAAAGCUGAUGAGCUCCACCCAUCGGCUCACAGCAAAGUCGGCAACCACCAUGAAAACACUGCAGAUCUGAGGUCUGAAGCAGAGAGGAAUGAACCGCUGCCCAUUAAAAAGGAAACGGCCGUGCUGGCAGGUCAGAGUGGUCCGCAGGAGGCAGCGAGUCGGCUCGAGGCUGAGAAGAUGCAGCUUCACAGAGACCUGCAGCGCUGCGUCUAUGAGAUCCAGCAGAGGGACCAGUACCUCCAGCAGCUCAACACCAAGCUGCAGCAGGCGGUGGAGGAGAAAGCUGCUGCUGCGGCUCAGCUGAGGGCCGUUUCCCAGACGCUCAGGGACACCCAGAACCGCUGCCACUGGCUGGAAACGCAAAUCCAGGGCCAGCAGGGCUCGGCUCACGCUGAAGUGGCUCCUGGAGCCCCGCAGGAGAGGAGCAACGACUCCGUGGUCCAAGCUGCUGAAGCCAGUCGGCUCCGAGAAAGGCUGCUGGAGGCGGAGCUGAGUCUAGCGGAUGAACGAGCGAGGAGAGAAGCAGCAGAAGAGGCUCUGCGGCUGGCCGAGGACAGAGCCAAGAGCGGCGGGUCGGGCCUGUCCAGAGACAACCAGAGGGACUUCAGCAUCGAGAUGGACACGGAGGAGGAGUGGGAGGCUCUCAGCCUCAACCCCAAUCAGCCGCUCAUAACCAGAAAGGUGAAAGGUGGUAUGGUGGCGUGCCGUCGCUGGCUGCGUGGGCGGAGCCUCUACUUCUCCAGGCUGCUGACGAGUCGCGCUCGCUCUCGGUAUCUCUUCCUGGCCUACCUGCUCACCAUCCACGUGGCGGUGCUGAUGUGCCUCACCGGGGCCUGGUAGUGCAGCCCCUCGCCGUCAGACGACGUUUCUGCGUUAAAAACACUAAAACCUGCAGAGUUAGAAGAGCUGGAGCUUCUCUCUGAACGCCUGCAGACCACAGGACACUGGCACUAAUAUUUAAACGUUAGUUAGCUGCGAGGUGAGACGACGGUUGGUCUCUGUUGCUUCUGUCAACCAUUUGGAAAUCGAAGCUACAACAAGGUAUUUUCUGUUCAAUGAGUU